AUUAUGGCGACGAAUCUCUCUGAAAUCUGCCGACUUUGCCUUCAGUCGUAUAAACUAACAUUAGAUAUUUUUACCUCUUAUUAUGUGAAAAGGAAGAUGUCGUACGCGGAUAUGAUAUCCAGCUGCACUAAAUUAAAGCCCAACCAAGAUGAUGGUCUUCCAAGGAAAAUCUGCAAGGAAUGCUGCAGGCAAUUGAAACGGUGCUACACCUUUAACAUCAAAUGUGAAGAGAGUGACUGCAAAUUGAGGCAACAUGUGGAUAAGCCCCAGAAACUAGUGACUGUUUUUGAAGAAGAUUCUAACUGUGAUGUCACACUCAAUAAAGAUGUCAAUAACAUAAUUAAGAGUGAGGAGCAGAGUGCAGCAGAAGGAAUUGUCAAGGACCAAAGUACAGACUUGAUUGCCUCCCUUUUAAAAACACAGAAUAAUGACACUAAGGAAGAUAUUAAACUUGAGCCUGGGUGCCUCGAUGACGGUAAUGACAUGAAUGAGAGCUGGGAUGCUGAAGAUGACAACAUCUUGGUCACAAGAAUAGAGCUGAAGAGGAAAUUAAAACAUGAAGAAGAAAAACCCAAAAAGAAGAGAGGGAGAAAGAAAAAAGAAUUUGUAGAAGGAGAGAUGUCUUUGCCAGAAAGUAAGCUUCCGCACCAGUGUGACAUAUGUGGGAAGUUUCUCAGCACUAAAAGUAACCUGAAGGCGCACAAAAUUUGUCACACAGAUCUUCGGCCUUAUAAGUGUACAGAGUGUCCAGCAUCAUUUAGAGGCCAUAGUGCGUUAUUUCAACACAAGAAAGUGCACACUGGCGAGACGCCAUAUCACUGUCAAUAUUGCCCCAAGCAGUUCAGCCGUCGAUCUGGUCUUGUUAACCACAUUAGAAUGCAUACAGGAGAAAAGCAGUAUGGCUGUGAUAUUUGCUUCAAAACAUUUGUCCAGAGUGCACAAUUGUCAAUUCACAUGAAGAGACAUAAGGGCGACAAACCGUUUCUCUGUCAAGAUUGUGGGAAAGGUUUUCCUAUAAAAGCGGAUCUAAAAGUGCAUCAGCGGAUCCACAAUGGUGAGAAGCCUUACUCGUGCCACCUGUGCACCAAGACCUUUGCUACAUCGGGCAACCUCUCCAUACAUAUUCGUAUACAUAACAAAGAAAUAAGGUACAACUGCAAGGAAUGUCACCGCGGCUUCGUGACAUGCAGCGCGUACAAGGUCCACCUAAAGCGGCACAAGGGCCAGCGUGACUACCGCUGCGACUGCGGCAAAACAUUCUACACCUCUUCCGCCUUAAAGCAACAUAAGGUCGUCCAUACAGGUGAAAAGAAAUACCAAUGCAAAAUAUGUGACCGCAAAUUUACUCAGACAAGUCACCUCAGCCGGCACUUCAAGAGAGAUCACGCGAAGCCAAACGCCCCCGUGCCUUCAUCCGAACACUACAAACUAGUCUUGCAUAACAACAGUGAUAGCAUCUUUACUGAUAUCAACAAGGUUGAUAAUAUAAAUCACAGUGUUAAAUGUGAACAAUCCUAAUCUAUAUUAGAUAUAGUAAGUACAUCAAAACGUGAUCGGAAGAGAUUAUCAUAUGGGUGUUGUGCUUUGUCCCAGAGUUAUUAUGUUACUCUGCUCUGGUACACAUAAUACAGAAAUUAAUACAAUUAUUUGGUACAUUAUUUUAUUUCGCACAUUAUUUUUACCAUAGUCAUAGUUACCAGAGUAACCAGAAAUCAAGACGAAAUGUCAUUUAUUUUGUGACAAAAUUAUGCUGCCUAAUGACAACUGAGCUCCGAUUGGCCGGCCCGAAUUCGAAAUAUCACAUUAGAGUUGGGCAAACAAGUAUUAUAUUAUCGAAAUCGAUUGACGGGAGUCGUCAAUUGUUUCACUUCAUAACGACCAGUUUAACUUGAGCUGUGCUAUAAUGGACGAUAAUUGAAAAAUAACAUAUUAAUAUUUAAUUACUGAUGACGUGAUUCAGUUUGUUUUGUAAUUAGAUGUUUUGAUGACCAAAAAUCAUCACACAAAGUGUACGAAAACUUGACGCUUUUUGUGGUAAGAUGGAGACAAAAUAGUAUAGCGAUAUCUUUGUCAGUCAUUCAACCUUCUUCUUUAUAAUGUUAU